AUGUCAGAACGGAUAUCACGUCUGAAGGCAAAAUUGCUUGGACGAUUAUCUCCAAAAGCGGAUGCCGACCCGAGUUCCCACCUAAAACCUUCGGGGCCUGACUCCAAAUCCUAUAGCACUGGAAACCUGGAGGAACCCCUAUCUCCAAAGCAAAGAGGUUCCGUGUCUGCUUCGGAACAUCGCAAUUGUACACCGUCAACCGAGCCAUACAAUUCUUCCCUGCCGACUCCUCUCUCGGACCCUCCAUCUCCCCUCGAAACCCCUCCGUUAGCGACACCUCAGCAUUCCGAUAGCACCUCCUUCCAGUCCCAGUCCCACUUGAAAGCCCACACUCCAAUAGAGACUCAAUUGACCCCGACCCUGGAUACUGUCGUCGAGCGACCUACGAAUGAUCGCCGACCUUCUGCUUCCUAUUUUCCUCCCAAGCGCCCGAGCCUUGCGAUCCGUCGUCAAUCUCUUCUCCCACCAACACACCAACACUUGAUUAGUGGGCUACUGGAAGCGAAUCUUUUCUCUUCAGACCAGAGCAGUGGGUUCACUCCUCUUAUUCCUCACGAGAUGGUCACACGUCGCAUUUGGGUCAAACGGCCCGGUGGCUCGGCCACCUUGGUGCCGUGCAGAGAGGAUGCGGUGGUAGAUGAGCUACGUGAUCAGGUCAUCAUGAAAUAUGGGAACUCAUUAGGAAGAAGCUUUGACUCGCCCGACAUUGUGAUCCGGAUUGCACCACGAGAUGGUACGAAUCGAUCAGGUCACCCCGAGCGCCUCUUGAGCCCGGAGGAAGUCGUCUCAUCUAUACUCGAUACAUACUAUCCCGGCGGACAGAAAAUUGAGGAAGCGUUGGUGAUAGAUGCCCCGUCACGUCGGACCCCAAAACCAUCGCCGCGCCAUUCAAUCUACCACCACCACUCGGAACCCGGUGAGCACGGCGAUUAUUUCCCUCUCAUGCCGCCGGUCAAUGCGAAUGCGGGCACACCAUCUGCACACUCGGGGGCUCCAUCAGCAACGGCCAGUGCGCCGUCAAUUUCCAUUAUCAACAGUGGUGUUGCUCCUUUGCUGCCAUCCCCGGGAAGCCGUAGGGUGCGACAACGACCUCCGUUGACACGACACAAAACGAAUUCUCCCACAAUUCUUCAUAACCAACAACCAACCAUAACAGAAACCGGCCCUACUCCUCAUUCCCAACCUAUCCCGACUGCUGCUCCCGCAAUUCCAACACCCCCGGUGGCAGCACCGCCGGUAGAAUCUCCACAGGUGAAAUCACACACUCCCCCGGCAACUGCAUCACCACGCGUGGUUCGAAAAUCCAAAGCGGCCACCUCUCCUGGUGCUAUGUUCGGUGGGUUGAUUGACGGCACCGUUCCGCCAAUCAAUGUCCUCAUUGUGGAAGACAACAUCAUCAACCAGAAGCUUUUGGAGGCCUUCAUGAAAAGGCUGAAAGUGCGCUGGAAAUGUGCAAUGAACGGCGAAGAGGCGGUACGGAAAUGGCGACAAGGUGGAUUCCAUUUAGUCCUGAUGGACAUCCAGCUUCCGGUGAUGAACGGUCUGGAAGCCACCAAGGAGAUCCGGCGCCUGGAGCGCUUAAAUGGUAUUGGUGUCUUCCCGAAGACAGCCUCUGGACGCUUCAGCGCGUCCAAUACGUCUGCUGCGGACAGAAGACCCGGUCUUCACCGCACGGUGAGCGAAGAGGACACUUUGUCAGAUCUAUCGCUGUUCCGGAGUCCAGUUAUUAUCGUCGCGUUGACAGCUAGCAGUCUGCAAAGUGAUCGACACGAGGCAUUGGCUGCUGGCUGCAACGAUUUCCUGACUAAGCCCGUCGGAUUUCCUUGGCUCGAGCAGAAAGUGACAGAAUGGGGCUGCAUGCAAGCCCUGAUUGACUUUGAAGGUUGGCGUAAAUGGCGCGGGUUCCUGGACUCUCCUCGCCCUGCCUCGCCGGUUGUUGACACAACCGCCAGUCCGAUGCAAGGUGGCUACCGCAAAGAACCGCCACAGGUGGAUCCUCCAUCGCCCUCGAGCUCCCGCACCCCCAAUAAGUCUGAUCAGGCUGAAACCAAGCCACUCCCACCAGGGGCUCAAAUCCUGCGGGAAGAUUCAUGGGGUAGCGGCAGUCCUGACACCAUAGAUUCGCCCGUGAGUCCGCAUUUGCCAACAUCGGACGACGUCGUGCCAACCAGUGAUGCGACGGCUGCAGGUCCGGAUGAAAAAUGA